CCCUGAUCCUAAACUGAAUAACCAUGUCCGGCUCGCUAUCCAUGACCCAAAUUUCUCUGCUCUUGCUUCGUACCAGAACCUUGGCGUCCUCUAGAACAUUACCUCUGUUUCGGUCUUCAAGACGCAAUAUCCUCAAAAUAACCUUGUCAAUUUCCCGUCCCUGCUCAUUCUCCACUACUGCCACUCCUUAUCCCCUUCAAUACGAACUCAUCGUUUCUCGCCCGGCCCAAUCUCCUUCCUCGCAUCGCCGAAAAUCCCGUCCACCUGACAGAGCCAAGUCCGACGAUUUUCAUGAAGCCCCUGAAACCGAAGCGUCUGAAAAACCGAAAUCGGAAUUGGGUUUCGAAGAUUGGGUCGAUCAAAAGCUGUCAACAACUGUUUCGGAGGAGGGUACGAGCCAACGGAAUUCGUACACUUUGGAGGAUAUGGCUAAGUCGAAGAGGAAAUAUUACCGGAAGAGGAUGAAGAGGAUGUACGGUGCCGAUUCUGACGAAGAGAGUUCCCACGAAGACAAGUAUGUGGAAAUGAAGCCGGAGGUGGUCGAGCUUCCAACGUUGCACAAAAGGGAAGAGGAGCUUUACUUUUACGAUGCCUUCGCGUUUCCAUGGGAGAAGGAGAAGCAUUAUCAGAUGGUGUAUCAAUUGGAGAAGAAGUACUUCCCUGACCAAUGUAUGGACAAGGCGUUUGUUGAGCCCGGGGAAUCGAAGCCAAAGGGAAAGAAGAAGUCUGGUAGUGCUAGAGAAAAGAACACUAAGGUUGACAAUGAAGGGGAUGAUCGGGGUUUGAUUUUCUUCGACGAGGAUGAAGGGGUCAAGGUUGCGAAAGAUGCUAAAAAAGAUAUUUCGGAGAAGAAGGUGGAGGAAUUCUUCAAGUGUUUGAAGAAAGUUCCCAACAAUGCGGCUGAAGAUGCUUCUGGGGAACCCUACAUGGUGACUAGGAAGACUGAGCUUCCUCCAAUAUGGGACGGCCCAUAUGGCACGGUGGUCCUAGUUAACAAACCUAAAGGGUGGACUUCGUUUACGGUUUGUGGAAAACUGCGCCGCCUAGUUCAAGUGAAAAAGGUUGGGCAUGCCGGUACUCUUGACCCUAUGGCAACUGGAUUGUUGAUUGUAUGUGUUGGUAAAGCCACUAAGUUGGUAGAUAGAUUCCAAGGUAUGAUUAAGAGUUACAGUGGAAUUUUCCGGCUCGGAGAGGCUACAUCAACUUGGGAUGCUGAUUCACCGGUAAUUCAACGUGAGCCAUGGGAACAUAUCAAAGAUGAAGACAUAAAAAGAAACACUGCAUCCUUUUGUGGAGAGAUCUGGCAAGUUCCUCCAAUGUUUUCUGCCAUCAAGGUGGGAGGUGAGAAGAUGUAUGAGAAAGCAAGGAGAGGAGAAAGUAUUGAGCUUUCGCCAAGACGUAUUUCAAUUUUUCAAUUUGAUAUUGAGCGCAGCUUAGAUGACAGACAAAAUCUGAUUUUCCGGGUUACUUGCUCAAAAGGAACAUAUAUUCGAUCCCUUUGUGCUGAUUUUGGGAAGGCUCUUGGCAGUUGUGCUCAUUUAACCGCUCUACGAAGAGAUUCAAUAGGUCAAUAUUCAGCUGAUGAUGCCUGGGAUUUCCAAGAACUAGAAGCUGCAAUCACCAAAGGUUACUUCUGAAUUGUGCUGCCUCCUUCAAAAGUUUCUUUUGGACCCCCGAAGAUCAUUUUGGGGAAAACACUUUUUCA